UCAAAACCACUGACAUGUAUUUUCCAAAAUCACGACAUUUGGAGUAGUUCUCUGUUCUGCCCUCAGAUCUUGUAUUACAUUCCUGAAGACAGCUAGUCUCCCCACGGCCAUCCACCUCGAAGUUAAGCGGGUAUCCAAAGGAUUGUCUAAGCAACUGCACUUAGCAUUGCUUUACUGUGGAGGUUUAAGAACGAAAAACAAAAGACAAUGUUUCGCACCAAAAAUGCUUGUUCUCGAUUCUUAACCCAUUUCAACCUCCUUAGAACAAGACCCUUCUGCAGCACUAUCAAAGACUGCAAAAAUAACAAGAACAACAACAAGGACAACGUUAAUGGCAAGAUUGAAUCAAAUGUGAGCACUUACAACGAGUCGUAUCGUCAGCUAGAAAAUCUCGACUUCAUGACUGCUGCUAAGAUCCUCUUCACUCAUCCUCCUAAGAAAAAGAAAUUUGGGAUAGAUUUCCAUCUAGUACAGCUCUUCUUUGCCUGCAUGCCUUCAUUGGCUGUGUACUUGGUAGCUCAAUAUGCUCGCUAUGAAAUGAGGAAAAUGGAAGUGGAGCUAGAGGAGAAAAAGAAGCAAGAAGAAGAAGAAGCAAAAAGGAAACAAGAAGAAGAUAAAAAGAAGCAAGAAGAAGAGGAGACAGCUAAACAGAUGGAACAAAUUGCAACUGAUCCAGAGCUCUUGGAGGUAAAAGUGAGACUAGGUAAACUAGAGGAGGCAGUAAAGGAAAUUGUUGUUGAAUCAAAGAAACAAUCAGCAGGCAGCAUUAGUAAAAGUCAGCAAAAUGCUAGUGAAACUGGUGAAGACAAAAGUAAAUCAUCCAUGGAGCAAGACAAGGUUACUAAACAAAAAUCCAUUGAACAAACACCAAACGUUGAUCGAGGAAAAGUAAGAACUGUGGCAUCAGCUUCUGAUGCUUCCCAAAAGGAUCCAAAGGGUGAGAACGAGAUUGGAGGACCUUCUCAAGAUGCCAAAAGAUGAUCGAAGUGCCCUUCUGGUAUGAGAACAUAUUUUCCAUUGAAUUGUUGCAAGAUUUUUUUUUUUUUUUUCAAGCGAAGCAUACAACUCCUGCACCAAGUCCAUUUGCCCAAGGAUAUAAUGGAUGCUUGCCUCUCUGCAGUGGCAUAGGUGAUGAGGAUAGGUUAAGGGAUGUAGAUGUGCAUAAAUUGCAUCCUUAUCUAACCACGAGAGAAGUUUUCCCUGCUUCUAAUAUGUAAGAAAUAUUUUAUCACAGAGCUGUUCCGCUCAUGAUCAAUGCCACUGUUUUGAAAGCUGAACUUGCAAAGCACAUUGCUUAUUUUAUUCCAAUUUCUUAGAGUUGGAAUUAUUCCAUGAAGAAACUAAAACAUAUAGAGUAAAAGGUCAAAACCCAAUAUUGCAAAAAGCAAAAAAAAAAUAAUAUACUGUAAUUAAUUUAAUUAUUGCAGGACAUUGAGAGGGAAGACUCCUUACUUGCUUCAAUUUUUCACCAAACCCUAGCGAAAUGAUAGCUCUACGUUUUUCAUGUAUCACUCAAUCCAAAAGAUUUUAAAAGUGUUUCUUAAUUGAGAGGCAAAAUCAAAGGUUGCUAGUUUUUUAUUGGCAAAAUAGCUAGGAUAAAGCCACUCCAACGCAAGGAAUUGACAGUCCAUCUGAUUUCUGCCACAUGGCUUAAAAUGGGAACUUUCACUCACUUUAUCCAAUCCCAUGGUAAUCUGAGAUUUUCCAUGAAAAUUAAACUGUCUUAACAGUGAGAUUUUCUGUUACUUUUCUACUUGAUUUUGGUAAAUCAUGUUUUGUCGAAUAAUGAUUAACAUGAUCUAGAUUGUACCCAUCAAAUUGAUCUGGACCCACUAUUUAUUGGACCCCAAUUAAACAGAUCACUUAGGUAAGAAAUCAAGGCAAAUAAGAUUUUACCCAUAAUUUAAUAUUGGGAAAUGAUGUGAUUUCAUAGCUGAGGGUCACCAUUUAGCCUUACUGU